AUGGACCCAAUUUGGUUCAAGGAGGAUUUGGCUGAUGAAAUUAUAAAACAAAGUUAUAUAUUUAACGAAACACAGAGCAUUGUUACGGAUAUUGUUUGUGACCGCAUUGAUAUCACAAAAAUAGUUGAGAACAUGGCUGGAGUCUUAACCCAUAGAGAUGCAGAAAAUCGUGAAAAAGGGAUGCGUUUCUUUACUAAAUUACUCAAAGAUCUUCCUCAAAGCUAUUUAAAUCAAAUGCAAGUGAAUUUUAUUUCUAAGUUUUAUAUAGAUCGUUUAAAAGACAACCAUAGAGUGAUACCAGCAGUUCUAGAAGGUUACCUUGCUAUAAUGGAUAUGAAAAAUUAUGAAAUAAAGUUAUGUGGUGAAUACUUUAACAUAUUAUUUAGAGAAAUUGCAUGUCAGUCACAGCUUCGCCAAGAUAGGCUGAAUAUUUAUUUGACAGUUCAAAAGGUUUUGGAGAAAGACAUUGACUAUUUGAAAAGUUUAGGCCCUGACUUUGUAUUUGGCCUAAUAUCAUCUAUGGAUGGCGAGAGAGAUCCCCGAAAUCUAUUAUUUCUGUUUAAUUUCCUGCCAAACUUUUUGGCACACAUUCCACUUGGGCAUUUAGUUGACGAAAUGUUCGAAGUAAUCUCAUGCUACUAUCCAGUGGAUUUUCACCCGUCACCUGAUGACCCCGCUGCUGUUUCAAGGGAUGAUCUGGCCAAAGCCCUAUGUCCAUGUCUAUGUGGUGCUCAGGAAUUUGGUGAACAGUGCUUGGUAUUACUGAUCGAAAAAUUGGAUUCCAGUUUGAGAGUUGCAAAACUGGAUUCUUUAAGAUUACUGACUGAAAGCUGUAAGAAAUUCAAACCAGAAACCUAUUCACCAUUCUUAAAAGCGCUUUGGUCAUCAAUUUACAGAGAAAUUUCACAUAAAACUGAUGAAGAAAUAAAAAUGGCAGCUCAUGAAGCACUAUCAGCACUUGUAGCGAAUUUAGCCACUUCUCAUAAUACAGACCAGUCAUUUGAAAAUUUUGUCAAGGGUAUAAUCAUUUCCAUGCAAACAUCGGUUGCCGAGUCAACGACUGUCGCGCAGUUUGUUCAUGCCACGCGAGUUUUACUGUCAGUAGCAAAUAGCUCCAAAGAAUCAUGCAUAAUAGUGGCACGAUCUAUGAUUCCAGCUAUAAUUUCAUAUUAUGAAUUCAAAACAUCUGCAAAGUUACAGGUGGCUAGUUUAGAAUUUAUAGGCGACCUCUAUGAUCUGGCAAAACAUUGGGACGUGUUAAAUGAUUUAGAAAAACAGGCAAAUGAAAUUAUACCCCUCUGUCUCACAUCUGUUAGUGAACCAACAAAAGAGCACCAAAUGGCUGGCUUCAAAACAGUAAUAAAAACUAUACAUGCUCUUAAACCAGAUUUAGUGUUGCCAUUUGUUGAGAUUUUGAUACAUAUAGUACAACAUUCGGAAGACGACGAUCUUCUGCUUAUUAGUAUUGGCACAACCAAUGCAAUAGCAAGGAAAUACCCUGAACUAAUAAUGGAUUUAGUUGUAAAAGGAAAAUGUAACAUGGAUAACAUUAUGAGUGAUAAAACUAAUUUACAAAAGCGUCUCAAUUUGUUAUCAAACUUAGCAAGUAUAGAUGAUUUUACUAAAGUUAUACUUGAAGAGAUGCUGAAAAUUAUAACUUUAGAUGAAAAGAAUGCAUAUAACAUUGUCGAAGCUUUGAAUACUUCAUUAUCUAAUGCAAGUUUAUACACAGAGGAAAAAGUUACCCAAAUAGAAAGUGACCAUGGCCUAAUAGAUUCUAUACUUAGUUGGUUGUUCAAAGAAAUAAAAUCAGCAUCCGAGGAAUCUUUGUUACACGGAUACACAUUAAUAUCCAAUACAGUAUGUAGUUUGCCAGGCGAUAAGCAAAUUUUAAUCCUUGCAAGGCAUAGUCCAAAUAUAAUUGAAAAAUGUCAAAGUGAAGAUGUGUAUUUCCCUUUAUUAGAGUGUUUGUAUAGAUCACUACAUCAAAACAUCAAUGACCCAACAUUUGAUGAUAUAUUAAAAUUAUCAUUGAAAAAUGCUCUUACUAGUAAAAGUGUGUUUGUAAGGACUAGAGCUUGUUGUUUGGUGGCACACAUCUUAAAUAAAGCGGAGUUUGGUCAAACGUUUGAAAUGUUGUAUGAAUUGUUGAAGAAUUAUUUAGCAUCAUGUAGUAAAGACAACGAGGAUAUCUGCUCCCCUCUGAUUCACUUGUAUGGGUGGAUAGUGAAGGCUUUAAUACUGAGAGGCAGUGAUGUGUUUACAUUUUGGCUGCAAAAGAUUCUACUAACAAUAACAAAUCCAGAAUGCUGCAAGGAUGGUUCCGAAGCAAUCCGUCUCAUAAUGACAGAUCAACCUGACUCACUAAACUCAAGGUUACAUUGUCGCACAAGUAUACUCUACAAGCAGAGAAUAUUCCAGGCCUUUGUGACUAUGUCCAGUAAAUUAGGACCGUUUGAUGGAGAAACUAAAGAAGCAUAUUUGUUGAGUUGGGCAUAUGUGUUGGAGAAAGCACCUAAAACUGUACUUAAUAUUGAAGCAGCUCAAAUUAUGCCCCUACUUGUUGAUGCUCUGGAAUAUGAUAACAAGGAUUUGCUCGUUGUUAUGAUUGAUGUUCUCACACAUUUCGUGCUAAUGAAAAACCUGCUUGUGGCGCAGAGUUUCCAGACUAUAUUGCCGAGGCUGGUGAAGCUAUCGGAAUAUGUCAAAUCUAUGGAUGUCCGAAUAAAAAGUCUACAAUGUCUGUACGAAAUAGCUAACGCGUAUAAAACAGCAUUAUUGUUGCCAUAUAAAACGGAUCUGUUAUUUGAUUUAGCGCCAUCUCUCGACGACAAAAAGCGUCUCGUACGCAAUAUGGCGGUCCGCGCACGCACCAGGUGGUAUUUAGUGGGUGCACCUGGCGAAGAUAAAACUGAAUAA